AUGGGGACACACUCUCCCAAGGAACGGGAUGCCCUAGAGCCUCAUAAGACUCGUCUGAAAGUAGCCAGGAUCUUAUUACUGACGAAUGUGUUUGUUUUUUAUGACCAUGUUUUUCUUUCUGCUUACAUUUUGUAUUUACAUUUCGAUGUGUGUAUUUCCGCGGCCUCCCAGAAGAACUUUAAGCUCGCCAACAUCGCAGACGACUUCCGCUGCAGGGGACGGGCAGUAUCGUCAAGACCACAACUACCAGACGGCAGCCCGACAACAGCCAAGACCCCCGUGUCCGUGCCGUGUGACUACUGCUCUCCAGGGGACACUAGCGAGGCAGGGAAAGGGGAACCUGGGGCUGGAGUGGUGGUAGAGGUAGCGGUCAAGACGUGUCUGAAAUGCGAGGUGUCCAUGUGUCAGGAGCACGUGAAGCCCCACCUGGAGCUGCCUGCGUUUAGGGAGCACCCCCUGACUGAACCCCUGGGGGACCUGAGGAAGAGGAAGUGUCCCGAACACGAUGAGAUGUACCGCUACUACUGCAUGGACGACCGGGUGUGUGUCUGCAACGCCUGUACCAUCGAGGGGAGCCACGCCGGACACACCAUCAAGACCCUGAAGAACACUAUGAAGGAUCUGAAGGGCUCUCUGGAGAACCAGCUACAGAAGGUGGACAGGAAGCUGAACAAAGCAGAGAAAAAUCUCCAGGAGCAGAAGGAACAAGAACGACUGAACAAGAGGUUCCUGGAGGACUCAGACCAGCGGGUCACAGCCUUGGGGGAGGUGUUACAGGUCCACCUGGAGGGCUUCCUCACCUCCCUCAGGGACUGUUCCUGCUCCCACGGGGUCGAGUGUGGCCCCAGCAUCCAGCGGAACAUAGCCAAGGCGGUCCAGGACCAGUCCCGUCUGCAGGAUGUCCACAGUGGCAUCCAGACCCUCGCCCAGGAGAACGACCCCUUCCGCUUCCUGGAGGCGUACAAGUCAUCAAGCAAAAAUUUCUGCAGGCAGUUGAAGAAGCCUCUGUUCCACCCAGAAUGCGCUUGCGUGGACUCAGACGGCCUGGCCGAGUCCAUGGAGGCUAAACAGGAAGACUUCCUCACUGAAGUACACUCUCACGUCUCUCACCUCAUCAACGAGCUCUGUCCCGUAGUCCGGGAAGAGGAGGACAGCGGAGGAGAGGAGGAGGAGGAGGAGGAUGAUGAUGACGACAGCAGUGAUGGAGAUGAGCAAGAAGAAGCUGAGGAGGAGAUGAGGAGUGAGGAAGAGGAGGCUGUACACGACCAGAGUGAGUCAGCAGACGAACUUUACAAAGAGGAGGAAGAAGAGGAGAUUCAUUCAGACUGA